AAGAUCAAUAUGAAAGAAAAUCUACUAUUAAGUUCACCUAUCAUGGCACCUGAACUAUUCUCUCCAUCCACACCAACCAGUGGUUUGAACAGCUCCCCAUCCAACAAUAACUCUCAUUCAAUAACAGUUAUGCGUAAUGAAUUCAAGAGAAUGAUACUUGAAACACAAGAUAAAUACGAAAAAGAACUUGCAGAAGAACGAGAAAAAAGACUGAAACUUGAGAAGGAGUUUGAAGAGUUGAAGGACUAA